AUGGAGGACAUUGAUAUUUUUGCAAAAGUUCAGGGGUCAAUAUCUGUUUAUGUCGCAGUGUCGAAGACAAAUGCGAACGCGCGAACUGAGUUUCUGCAACCUGAAAUUCGAAAAAAUAGUUCGCGGGUUCUAGCCGCAUCCGCUCUCAAUCUCAAGACCAGCCGUUUACGAUCGCUGGUUCAAUUCAAAGUAUUCUUCAGGGGAGCUUUUAAGUUGGAGCUUCGUUGUCCCCAAAAAGUUGAUGGAAUUGCACUUGACCCUGAGCCUGAUUGGAGCUUCGAAGCUCUACUAUCGGAGAUAGAUGAAUUGGAAAGAAAGAUCAACAGCUCUUCUAAGGUUUCAGUGCCUUUUACUAAAGAAAGACCACGAGAUAUAUCCGAUUCAAAGAGCAAUGGGAGGACUUCUGCUAGCCCAUUUGUUAUGCGUGUCUUCGAAGAUGAGAUGGACAACAUUGACAGUGAAGAUGAGGAGGCUCAUGAUCAAAGUUCUGUGGCAGUUAAAUGGUUUAAUUUUGAUGAUCUUUAUCUCAGUGACAGUGAUGACUCUGGUGAUGACUCGUCUCUUGAAGCCCAACCCUGCCUGAUGGAGAAGGGUGAAUCAGGGGAAAGUAGUUUGUUCGAGCUAUCCCGUGAACAUCAGUUCAGAGUGAAGGAAGAAAUCAGGAACCAAAUAUCAGCAUUAGAGACAGAUCUGAAGACUGAAAGUCAAAAGUCUAUUUCUGCAAUCUUUCGAGUUGAGAGAUAUAGAGAAGAAAGAUGUGAAAUGGAAAGAAAACUUGAUACUCAAUAUCAACGCAAUAUAGCAGAAGCACUUAAUAAUCACUUGACUGCUGUCCAGAGAGACCUUGAAGUCAGAUCUCAAAUAGAAGAAAGAAAAAUAAGAAGUGAUGCAGCUUAUGAAGAUGCUAAAAGAAAGGAAAAAGCUCUGCAAGAAGAAAAACUUCGACAAGAACGAGUGAAAGCAGAAGCUGAGGCAAAAAGAGCUGAGGAAGCAAAAAGAGCAGAGGACGCAAAAAGAGCUGCUUUGGAAGCUCAGAGAAGAGCAGCUAAAGAAGCUGCAGAAAGGGAAGCUUCUGAAGCCUCAAAGAGGGCUGAUUCUGGAUUGGCACAAGAAGGAACUUACAGACCUCAAAUAAAUGCUUUGAAUGCUCAAUCCAGCGGAAAACCACUAGCGGCAGGUAAUAUACUCAAGGCUGCAGAAAGUGCUCUGAAUCUAGAGCAGGGGAGACUACAAAAGCUUAAACAGUUUGAUGAUGAAAACCAGGCACUGAGAUUACGCUCCAAAGAGGAUUUCAGGAAGUAUGAGAGGCAAAUUUCUAAGUUGGUUCAGCAAAUUACAGGAACAAAAGACAGUGUCAGACAAAAAGCAGGUGAACUAGUCAAUAUCUUUAAUGAUGCUCGCUGCCCUCAAUCUAUCAGCGUUGCAGCAUUUGCGAAGAAGGUUGUUUCCAAUUGUAAAACCCCACGUAAUGCUGCUUUUGCAUGUGGCCAUGUCAUUGUUCUUGUUACUUCAAAGGUUCCGACUGCAAUGGAUCUUAUUCUGGCUGAGUUACACAGAGCUUGCAUCUAUACAGUUCCAAAGCACUAUUCACAGUCCGCAUUUGAAUCAAAAGAGGCAUACUAUAAAGCUAUUGGAUUCCAAGAAGAUGAAGGAAAGACUGAGAGUGUUGACAAUUAUUUGGCACGAUUGGAGUCAUAUAUGAAACUAUAUGGGGCCUUGGUUCAGACAGAAAUUUAUGGGUUCCAAAAUGUGCAUGGCCUGAAAGAAGGUUGGGCAUGGCUUGCAAGGUUUUUAAAUGCUCUUCCUGCCAACAGAUAUACUGCUGUUGCACUUAACGCAUUCCUACAUAUGGCAGGGUACUCUCUCUUCAAAAAGUACAAAUCUCAAUUCAGGAAGAUGCUGAACAUCAUCUCAGACAACUUCCUGAAUGCACUAAGAGAACGAGGAGAUUCAAAUCUGAACCCAGUCAUUGCAGAAAUCGACGCCUACUUAAAGGACAACAAAUUUCUUUGUGAGCCUGAGGGAAGGAGCCUGGAGGGCUCUUUGCUAUCAGAUGUUUAUGUGCCUGAAUCAGAUUACUACUAA